UCCAAGCCCCUUUGCCGCGGUGGAGGCGGUAUUUAUCCCCGUGGGGAGCGGGCUUUCCCCCCGGGGCCGCGGCGGAGCAGGCUGGGGGCGCGAUGUGCGGGGCCGGGCGGGAGCCCCCGCCCCGGAGCCUCCCCUGCUCCGCCGGCGGGAGGGACCGUGCCGACCGCCGAGCCGCACCGCGCGGGCUCCCAGCCGACCCGGAGGAGCCAUGAACAGCUCGGCAACGGGCUCGGAGGGGGGCUGGCAGCCCGAGUCGGUGAUCAUCCCACUGCUGUACCUCGUCAUCUUCCUCGUGGGCACAGUGGGCAACUGCCUGGUCCUGGCUGUGCUGCUGCGCAACGGGCAGGUGAAGAACACCACCAACCUCUUCAUCCUCAACCUGGGGGUGGCCGACCUCUGCUUCAUCCUCUUCUGUGUCCCCUUCCAAGCCACCAUCUACACCCUGGAGGGCUGGGUGUUCGGGGCCUUCAUGUGCAAGGCUGUCCACUUCUUCAUCUACCUCACCAUGUACGCCAGCAGCUUCACCCUGGCCACCGUCUCCCUCGACAGGUAUUUGGCCAUACGCUACCCCCUGCACUCCAGGGAGCUGAGGACGCCCAGAAAUGCCCUCACAGCCAUCUGCUUCAUCUGGGGGCUUUCUGUCAUCUUCUCAGGCCCUUACUUGAGCUACUACCAAGAGUUCCAGUUGGCCAACCUGACCGUCUGCCACCCCAUCUGGGAGAUCUCCCAGCGCAAGGUCAUGGACAUAUGCACCUUCGUCUUCAGCUACAUCAUCCCAGUGCUGAUCCUGAGCCUCACUUACGUGCGGACUAUUCAUUACCUGUGGAGGUCCGUGGACCCUCUCCAAGACAUGUCAGAGUCCAAAAAGUCCAAGCGGAAGGUCACCAGGAUGAUCAUCAUUGUAGCCGUCCUGUUCUGCCUCUGUUGGCUGCCCCAUCACCUGGUCAUCCUCUGCGUCUGGUUUGGAUACUUCCCCCUCAAUCAUGCUACAUACGUGCUCCGCAUCCUCUCUCAUCUCAUCUCCUACGCCAACUCCUGCGUGAACCCCAUUGUCUAUGCCCUGGUCUCCAAACACUUCCGCAAGGGCUUCAAGCAGAUCUUCAUCUGCCUCUUGCGCAAGAAGGCAGCCAACAAGGUGCACGUGGCCCAAGUGACAAACACCGUCAGCACGCUGGAGGCAGAGCUCAGCGAGGUGACCCACGGCAGCGAAGCCCUACGCAGCCGCUCGUCCCUGCACUGCAAGGUCCCAGAACCGGUGGGACAUCAGCAGAAAGCAGAUGGUUCCUUCAUCACCUUCAGUGUCACCUAGCAGAGCUCCUUCCCACCUUUGCAGCCUCCUGCAGCAUCGCAGGGCUGGGGAUGGGCUACGUUUUGGGUUAAAAUACUUGAAAUAGUACCCUUUUUCAUUCAAAUGCACCCAGAUAUCAUAACUGCUAAAGAAAUGCUGUUGUCUGUGGACGCAGCCAAGCGACCAACCGAGGAUCCAAGGGCAGGAUUUGCUUCCACUGAGCUGGGAGUGGAGAGAUCAAACCCCAAAUCAGCUCUCGGUUGUAAUCGACUUACACCCUGUUGCAUCUACACCUGGAGCCUACUGAAAGCUUUGGUCCCUCCAACCAACACAGCAUCUGGCUGGAGUUCACAGGGUGCACUUUUAGGGAUAUUCGGGAAGUUUUGGUUUGUUCGUGUCCCAGUUCAGGAGCUGCGUCCCAGGGCAGCGCCGGCCACAGCCACACAGGCACAAAUCCAGCUCAGGUAGGAAAAUGCAGGAGAGAAAUGUGGAAAUCCAGAGAUAAACCUUCCUGGUGCAGUCAGUGCUGGUUGGGCUUUAACCUCUCCCUGGGGCUUAUGGAUUGGGGGGAAGUUUCCCCAAGAUAGAGCGUGGCUGGAAACAGCACCCAGAGCUGCGACAAGUGCCAUGGCCUGAGUAUGAAAUUGCUGAGGGCACAGGGCACUGCUGACUGUGGCUCAUCCCCAACAUUUCAGUGCAUGCCAGGCUCUGCAGAGCACCUAGGGGUCACCAAGGACUGGCACUGCUUGCCAGGGGAGCAAAGCUGUGGUCCCAUGGGAAAGGACAGGGCCUUUUAAUGCUUUUGGACAGCUUGGGCACAGCUCAGCACCUCAGCCCAGGCACGGUGCUUGCAGGGAAGAGCAAAGACAAGCACCAGCACUGCUUUCCCACAGUAUGAGGGUGGACAGCCGGGGCUGUGUGAGUGCCAAGGGACCCCGGUCAGCCGGGAAGCCACAAUAAACCCUCUAUUCCAUA